AUGAAGAAUCCAUCACUUUCAUCACUUUGCAUAACCUUGGCUCUGAUUACUUCCUUCAUUCCAGCGGCUGUUGAUGGAUGGUGGGAUUUCGGCCAUAUGGUUGUCGCUGAAAUAGCCCGACGUAACCUUGACAAUGAUGUAGCCAGGGUGGUUGAGACAUAUAUACAACACUUGAGCGAAAGCGGGCCGUUCCCGAAUAUUCCCGAUUUCGUUCAAAGUGCCUGUUGGCCAGAUGAUUUGAAGCGUUACCGCAUGGGUGCCAUGGACGGUUGGCACUAUACGGCCAAUAUGUACAUUAGGGAUGGCUUUAAACCGAACGUAACUCUUAAACAAAAGUCCGAUGUUGUAAGUGUUAUCAACGGUUUGUCGAAGGCACUAAGACGGACAGAUACUCCCAUAUAUGUGCGAUCCUUUGCCCUUGCCCAUCUCGUACAUUACUAUGGUGAUAUUCAUCAACCUCUGCAUACGACUUCGCAGGUUUCCGCUGAUUAUCCGGAAGGAGAUCAGGGUGGCAAUUUGGUGCAUGUGGAUUUCAGAGGGGUCCCAAUGAAGCUCCAUGCCGUGUGGGAUUCCAUUUGCCGGGGUCCUUCAGAGUCAUUGGAGCGGCCCCUCAACAUAAUAGAUUACAUAAGAUUGAAGAGUUUUGCCACUAAACUGAUUGCAACGUACAAAUUUUCACAAAAGGAGAAGGAACAAACCAACCCAGUUGUCAUGUCAAGGGAGGGUUUCGAGUUAGCAAAGAAAGUGGCGUACGCUAAUGUUGUAAAUGGAACUGAAUUGUCAGAGGAGUAUAUUAGUGCAUGCAAGGAGAUGGCUGAAAAGCGCAUAACGCUCGCAGGUUACCGUUUGGCCACACAUCUCAAUACCGUGCUGAGAGUGCGAGGGGAAAAACGAGAAGCGAAUCCGGACUAUGUAGGAGGUGAUGAGCAUCUGUUUGCUGAAGACCAGUGA